UGUCAAUAUUUUUUAUUAAGAGUUUUAAGUAUUUAAUUUCGUAAUGAUAAUUACUUAUUUAAAAGUAUAAAACAAAAUGCCUCUUAUAGAUAUUACAAACCCUGAUGUUAUCAAAUUUCUCAUUGAGAGUUAUGACAAGACCGCACGUCUUCGAAUGAAAUGGAACCAUGUUCAUGGAGAGAAAAUGAAGAAAGCUGCGAGUCUAACUCGUGAAGAAAAGGGAUAUUAUGAAACGGAUGUUUUAAAAGAAAGUAUGGUCGUAGGAAUGACAACUAUAACCAGAGACAACGCAGUUGCGAGUUCUAAUAGGAGACUCAGGCCUAUUAGAGAUGGUGUACACAUUCCGCGGACACGUGUUCUAAAAAGAGGACAUUCUAUAACGGAUGUGGGACUCGGUAACGCUGAGAUAGACCCUAGACUUACACGACCUAGUACAGAUCUGUCUAUUGACCCGAUCAUGCGGCCUGUAGAUCCAAAACAGUAUGAAAUAAUUUAUAAAGAUAUUCCUGUAUUUGGGCGUAAUGCUUAUUUGAAAAGUAGGUGCCGUAUACCACCAGAACAGAAAUAUUACUUUAGAGAAUGUAGUGGAUGGGAAUAUGGAUGGAGGCUUACAGACAGUUACUUCAAUAGAAACGCGCCAAAAUGCGGCCGUAUAUGGCGACUCACAUAUGAUAUCAAGAGCCGCACAGGCCCCCAUCCAGACCCCAAACAUUAUCAAGAUUCCGAUUUACCUGGUGUUGCCAAAUGUCCCAAAAUAUAGAUUAAAAUUUUUAUGAUGUUAAUUUUGCUUAGGUAUGUUUUUAUUUCUAACUUUUAGGUUAUGUUACUGUUCAUGUUGUAUCAUUUACGUUAAUUCCUUAUA